GUAUGUUUGUUUAACUUUAUAUAUGCUUUUAGUCUACUUUCAGGUGUAUUUGUGCUCCAGAGCAUUCAUGGAGCUAGUGCUGCCUCCCCGUGAGUCUGGUCAGUUUGUUGCAGAGAGGAGUCGGGAUGUGUUUGUGGAUGAUGAAGGCGUGCAGAGGGUAGCGGAGAUGCUUUACGCUGUCCGACACAGCGACAGUCUGACUGCCAGUGGCUGGAAGAAGGCCAAUCCAUUAGCCCCUGAACCCACCUCUGAUCAGGCCUUGAACUGGGUUUUUGUGGUCAACACCUUGAACUUCUCAUUUUGGCCUGGCAAGAAGGGUGAAGAGUGUAAGGUGACCUAUAAAGGGACGACGUACACAGGCUACAUGACAUUGUGUGCUGCCAUCACCAGAGCAAUGGAGGAAGGUCUGGCCAUUACUGAUCCAAAGUACUUCUCUCAGAUAACUGUAGAGGAAUUGGGACACAUCUUUCGAUCAGACAAUGAAACGCCUAUGCCUAUGCUUCAGGAGCGCCACCAGGUGCUGACUGAAGGUGGGCGUGUGCUGCUGGAACACGGGGGAAGCUUCCGGAGUUUUAUCAGCCAAGCUGGGAACAAUGCCCAGAAGAUGGUGGAACUCAUCGUGGAAAAGAUUCCUUCUUACAGGGAUGAAGCUACAUAUGAGGGUCAGCGAAUCUCAUUCUAUAAGCGAGCACAGAUCCUGGUGGCAGAUUUCUGGGGCAUGAUGGAGGCCAGAGGAGAGGGUGACAUCCUGAACAUGGACUGGCUCACCAUGUUUGCAGACUAUAGGGUACCUCAGGCUCUUGUGUACCUCAAGGUUCUUUGCUAUUCGGAUGUACUGAUGCAGUCACUGAAGGAUGGGGAGGUGUUGAGCUCAGGGGACAGGAGAGAGGUUGAGAUCAGAGGUUGUUCAGUUUGGUCGGUGGAGCUGAUUAAAUCUCGCCUUUGCAAGCUGGUGCAGGAGAGAGACGGACAAACCUGCAACAUCAACUCUGCAGUCAUUGACUUUUAUCUGUGGCCUUACGCCAAACAGCACCAUAAAGAGAUGGCUCACAUUCCCAUACACCACACACGCUCUGUUUACUACUGACCAGCUGCAUGCACAUGCUGGUGGAUUUACUUUUCUUUAUAAGUGAAUACUGGUGUUGAAACAUAUUGUCAACAGUUUUGCUACAUCACCAUUUAGUGCUCCUUGAGUGCAAAGUAAAGUUAGCCCGAACUAUUUGAGCCAAAUAUAUGAAUUGCAG